AUGAAUUUCCAAGAAGCAAUGGAAGAUAAAAAUUUGAAAAAUGCAAUGGAUGAGGAGAUAAAGGCAAUUAAGAAGAACAACACUUGUGAACCAGCUUCACUUCUAAGUGGAUAUAAGGCUAUUGAUGAUUUGAUUUUCAUAGGGAGCAAUUCAAGCAUGGUUGCCAAGUUUAAGAAAGAGAUGACUAAGGAAUUCGAAAUGACCGAUAUUGGGCUCAUGUGUUAUUAUUUCAGCAUUGAAGUGAAACAAGAAGAUAAAGGCAUCCUAAUUACUCACGAAGGUUAUGCAAAGGAGGUACUUAAGAAGUUUAAGAUGGAUGAUAUAAAUCCGGUUGGUACACCAGUGGAAUGUGGAAUCAAGUUAUCAAAGCAUAAGGAAGGAGAAAAGGUGGAUCCAACAUUUUUUAAGAACUUGGUUGGAAGUUUAAGAUACUUGACAUGUACAAGGCUAGAUAUUCUCUAUGCUGUAGAAGUUAUAAGUCGAUACAUGGAGAAUCCAAUAACAAUUCACUUGAAGGUAGCAAAAAAGAUUCUUCGUUAUCUAAGAGGUACAAUAAGCUUCGAUUCGUAUUACUCAACAUCUGAUGAUAAUAAGCUUGUAGGGUAUAGUGAUAAUGAUUGGAGUGGAGAUAUAGAUGAUCACAAAAGUACGAGUGGAUUUGUGUUUUACUUGGGAGCUACUGCUUUUACAUGGAUGUCAAAGAAGCAGCCGAUCAUUACACUUUGCGAACAAAUUACUUUUGUGAUUGUUACUGUACACUUAAUACAACGUAAACAUUCAAAUGCUGUAACUCAUAUGCUUCUUAAAGGGGAGGACCUUUAUGGUAAACUUCCACCAUCUCUAGCAAAGCAACCUUAG